CUGCGGUCACACUCCCGCACACACGUGUUUUUCUUUUCAAGCGUUUUGGUUGCCGCGUGUUAACGGACUCAAUCACAUUUCGUCGAAAGUUGUAUUAAAAAGUGCAAGUACAGCAGCAUAAAAUGGGCAAACCAGGAUUUAGUCCACGCGGUGGUGGUGGCGGCGGCGGAGGAGGAGGAGGAGGUGGAUUCCGUGGUCGUGGUGGCGGCGGCGGCGGAGGAGGCGGCGGAUUUGGAGGCGGCCGUGGACGCGGUGGCGGCGGCGAUCGCGGUGGCCGUGGAGGAUUCGGUGGUGGCCGUGGAGGAGGUGGUCGCGGUGGUGGUGGCGGCGGCGGUCGUGGUGCCUUCGGAGGACGUGGCGGCGGCGGUGGUCGCGGUGGCGGCGGCCGUGGAGGCGGCGGUCGCGGCGGAGGAGGACGUGGUGGUGGUGCUGGCGGCUUCAAGGGCGGCAAGACCGUCACCAUCGAGCCGCAUCGUCACGAGGGAGUGUUCAUUGCCCGCGGCAAGGAGGACGCUCUGGUCACCAGGAACUUUGUACCCGGCUCCGAAGUCUACGGCGAGAAGCGCAUCUCUGUUGAGACCAAUGGCGAGAAGAUUGAGUACCGCGUGUGGAAUCCCUUCCGCUCCAAGCUGGCUGCCGCCGUUCUGGGUGGCGUCGAGCAGAUUCACAUGCCGCCGGGCUCUAAGGUUCUCUACCUGGGCGCCGCCUCCGGAACGACAGUCUCGCAUGUGUCCGAUGUGGUGGGACCCGAGGGUCUGGUCUACGCCGUGGAGUUCUCACACCGAUCCGGUCGCGAUCUGAUCAACGUGGCCAAGAAGCGCACCAACAUCAUACCCAUCAUCGAGGACGCUCGCCAUCCGCACAAGUACCGCAUGCUGGUGGGCAUGGUGGACACCAUCUUCGCCGACGUUGCCCAGCCGGAUCAGGGCCGCAUUGUGGCGCUGAAUGCCCAGCACUUCCUGAAGAACGGCGGACACUUUGUCAUCUCGAUCAAGGCCUCCUGCAUCGACUCGACGGCGCAGCCCGAGGCGGUAUUCGCUGCCGAGGUGAAGAAGAUGCAGGCGGACAAGCUGAAGCCGCAGGAGCAGCUCACGCUGGAGCCCUACGAGAGAGACCACGCCGUCGUCGUUGGCGUCUACCGACCACCGCCCAAGCAGUGAGAAAUCGUCUUCUGCUGGGUUUAGUUUUAAGGCUAUUGUACUAAUACAGACGAGUUGUAUUAAGUUUCUUUUAAAUAUAAAACCAUAGUUGUAAAGAUAAAUCAAAAUGCACACUAUUUUUGUAGCAGACGUACAAAAUAUACACAAAAACCAAAUGCCAGUGUAA